UUCUGCUACAGAUGUUGUGGGGUGAUGCUCUAACCUGCUGAUGGGGAUGUGUGUAAAGGCUUGUCCAGAAACACUUAGACUGCUUUUGUGAAGUAUGUGGGUGGCCUCAGAAUUUUGCAGCUGCUGGAGAAAGACUAUGUGAAGAACAAUUAAGACUUGAGUGGAUAUGGCCAGGAAAAGAUAACAAGUGUCCCUGGGGCAAUUCCCAGGGCUCAGGGAAAAUUCUGUCACCCUUGUUAGCAUUUCACCUUGCUGAGGAGAAUGUUUGAAUCUCUCACUUAUGAUUUUUUUUCUUGUGCCCCAGUUUACUUGCAGACCUCUCCACGCUACUUUGCUACAUCCUUCUUACAACAAGCAAUUACUGUUUCUUCCUUGUUUUCUGUGAACUCCUGGAAAGCACUGGUGAAGCUUGGGGGCAGCUGUUUUCCCAUCCUUUGUUGACUCGCACAUGGCAGCAGUAGGUUAAGAAAACACUACUGGUUCUACUGGUAUUUGUUACUGGAGGAGCAAAGCACCAAGGGUCAGGGGAUGUAGGUAGAGGGCAGGUGUUGGCAGGCUCUGCUUUCCUCUGUCCUGCUUGGCCUAUGGAAGUUGUCAAUUGCUUUGUGUUUUGUCCCAGUUUUCCUGCCCUAGGUGCUUUCUGGAUAAUGGCGAAGAUGGUGAGAACAACAUGUGCAUUUUGUUCAGAAGGGGAGGCUGGCUCUGUGAUGUAUAUCGCCACAGAGAGAAAUAUUGCAGCUCAUCAGGAUUGUCUGUUAUUUUCCUCAGGAUUUGUGGAAUCUGAAGAUCAUAACCCAGAAAAUCUGGAAAUAAGGUUUGAUGUGUCAUCAGUGAUAAAGGAGCUGAGGAGAGGAAAGCGGCUGGUGUGCAACUUCUGCCGCAAGAAGGGGGCCACGGUGGGCUGCGAGGAGCGCGCGUGCCGCAGGAGCUACCACUUCUUCUGCGCGCUCUGCGACGACGCGGCCGUGGAGACCGACGAGGUCAACGGCGUCUACAGAGUGUUCUGCCCAAAACAUGACCCAGGGAAUAGGACCAAUCACUAUGGUGCACCUAAAAAGAAAAGAAGACGUACACUGGCAUCUCCCACCAUCACAGAAGAAAUGAGUACAGAAGAGACAGCAGAAGAAAACAGUUUGCGAAUACGAAAAAGAAAAAACAACAGGCAUAAAGUUCGAAUAGACUUUGUUAGGAAGUGCAAACAAGCUGGGCUUCUGGAUGACAUAUUUGAAGAAAUGCUGGACACACUUCACCUGGCUCAGGAAAAACUGAUGGAUGACAACACUUCAGAAACAGAGUAUGAAGAGACAGUGAUGGCACUGUUUGACUGUGGACUGUUUGAAAAUAUACUGACAAAUAUUUAUUCAGGAACAGAAGAAAAAAUCCAGAAACUUCUGGAAAACAGAAAAAGACUGGAUCACAAGAUUGAGGUACUGCAGGACUUAAAAGAAUUCAUCCUUCCUACUCCAGAGAACAUGGCCAGUACAUCCAGUACAGUGUCUGAAUGACCCCUCUCUGUGAUGGUGCAAUUGUUAGGAUUUUCUAAUGAUAAAAACCACAGACCAGUCUGGUCAGUGCCCAACGCCCCAGCCCCAAGAUGAGGGCAGAAUGGGUGCAAGAAUGUCGUGUUACACUCAUUUUUAUACCUCACUGUUGCAAUAAUUUAAAGUCCUUCAAGUUUUCAAAUUUUCGUCUUCAAAUUUUUCCUGGUUCCACUAUAAACUUCCAUUUAUAUUGCACAACAGAAUGUAAAUGUGUAUUAUUAACUAAAUAUAGCUUUUGGAAAAACUCAACAAACCCUCCAGGGAAGACUUUUUCCUCAAAGCCAAAGGAGUGUUCAGCUGCCACAGAAGAGUUGCUGAAUUCCCUUGAACUGUGGGAGCCCUCUCCUGGCUGGGCAGUAGCUGCCUCGCUGUCUGUGUCCAGACAGUGAUGGUUGAAGGAUCAUAGUGCUGCUUUGGCUUUCCCAAAAAAGAUUAAUGAGCAGAACUUGCACUCAAAGAAGCCUUCUGGCUUACAAACAGGAGUUUAAUUUAAAAAGCCAAAUUAUUCUUUAUUGACUGGUCAAGGUGUACUGUUUCUGCUGCAAUGGCAGUGGUAAAGCAGUGUUUGCAGGCAGACCAGAAAGGGUUGGGCAUUAUAGUCAGAACAAGUAAUGGCAAAUGGAGCAAAACAGUGACUGGAUCUUCCUUUCUCCGUUAAGAAGGGGUUCAACUUUCAUGCGUUUUGUCUUUAAAAUAUUGUUUGAAUUCAGAAAAGCAUUGUUUAGCCACAACAGGCUAAUAAAAUAAAACAUUUUUUAAA